CUGCCUUGUAGCAAUACGCUAGAAAAUUAACUUACAACAGAUUUUCUUAAAUAUAUAAUAAAAAAGAUUGCUGUUAAUUUGGCUGCAAUGUUACGAAAUGUGCAUCGCUGCAAUCAGCACCUAAUACAUAUAGAAUGGAGCUCGAAGGGAUGUGCCCUUAUUUCAACCGCUUGUGGAGGCGUUACCUAUGCAAAGGCUGAUAACAUCAAGUUUCAGAGUAAGAUUAUAAGUAAACUUGUUGGUCAUCGUAUAUCAGGAAGCAAAAAACGUUGGUAUCCCAGUAAUGACGUAAAUACUUCGAAUUCAACUAGACAGCGUAACGCUGAGAUGUUUAACAGUGCGCAUAUAACCAAAUCCACUAGUAGUGGCGGUGGCAAAAAUACAACACGUCGCAUGGUAGUAUUGAAUAAAUUGUUUAUGAAACAUAUAACCGAUCUCUUGGCAACUGGAGAAGCCUCAGAGUCUAUAUUAGGACGUGGUUUACAAGUGACACGCGUAAAGAUCUCACCAGAUUUCGCAUACAUUAACGUGUAUUGGUUAGCUGGUGGCGAGCCGUUAGCAGAUGCACAACUCGAAAUGGAAUUGCAACGUUGUAGUGGGCGUUUACGCCAUGAAUUGUCACAAUUAAUGUUAAUGAGUGAAGUUCCACGCAUUAAAUUUGCUCGUGAGAAAAAAUUGUCCAAUAUCGCACAAGUAGAAGGGUUGUUACGCACAAUUGAUUUUGGCCCGCUAGAAGAAACAGCUGAAGGAAGUACAGAAGCUGUAGGUGAACAUGUGCAACACAAUUUGGUGGCUAAUCUGAUGCAACGUGAAUUUUAUGGCAAAAAUGACAUAACCGUAGCAAAUGAAAAUAAGAGUGACAACGAAGAGGAAUUUCCUGAAAUGCGACAUGAUGUACUUGGCCUAGAUCAUCAGCAUAUCAUGUCCAAAAUAUUGACAAAAAUGCGUAAAUCGCAACAUGCUUGGGAACAGCAUGCACGAAAAGAUAACGCCCUUGGUAAUGCUGCGGAAUCACUUGAGCAAAUUCAACAACAGCUUACUCGAGCGGCGGAAAGCUCAACAAACUUUGAAAAGUUUCUGGCUAAAAGACGUGAACGUAAAAGUACGCCAGAGCGUAAAAGACAUGAUCGUGCAUCUGAGUGGGUAGAUGAAAGUGCUGAACAAGCUGCUUUGGAAGCAGCUGCUGCCACUGUGCUCACACCUGCGCAACGAAGGCUAAUGGAGUCAGAAGAUUAUUUAUUUGAAGAUCAAGACGAUAAACGUAAUCCAAAUGAGAAAUAGAAAUUGUGCAAAUUGAAACAAGUUAGUAAUUGCAAUAACUUAUUCAAGUCGUUUAAUAAAAUAAAUUUAUUUUAGUUUAAAAUUCUUUGAAA